GCAGGGCCCCGCGGCCCGGCCCUACGGAGCGCGGAGAGAGUCCCUCCCGUCUCCCGGCAACGCGUCCCGCCCGUGCGCCAUGGCCCUCGCGGGCCGCCGUAGCGGCGGCGGCGGCGGCGCGGCCGGGCCGGCGGUAAACCAACCUCCAAGAACAGGAGAAGUCUAAAGGCGGCAUCCUCCCCAGAAGGUUUUGUUCUAGGCCUCUGCCCAUCUUAUGUCUGCUCUGGAAGUGGUGCCUGUGAAGAAUGACGUCAAGAGGAGCUGGGACUGCUUUCUCAAGGAAGAAUUACAGGCUGACCACUGAGCCAGAGAAGUCCAAGGUCACAGGGAUUGUGAACAGCAGGCUGCUGAAUGAUUAUCUGCAUCGAGUCUUUACCAGUGCUGAUGGGAACCAGCCUGCAGCUGCUUACAGGAAGCACCUGACGUUCCAGAACCUGCAGGAGCACCUUGAGCGAUUGCUGGCAGAGGAGAAUGGCUCUGAAGACAGCAGAGAUCAGGUAGCAGAGGGCCGCCUCGGUCCCUCCACUGUGGUGCUGGACCACACGAGUGGCUUCGAGGGGCUCCUGCUGGUCGAUGAUGACUUACUUGGGGUGAUCGGCCACAGUAACUUUGGGUCCAUCAGGGCCACAACGUGUGUGUAUAAAGGGAAAUGGAUUUAUGAGGUGCUCAUCUCCUCCCAGGGACUCAUGCAGAUUGGCUGGUGUACUCUCAACUGCAGAUUUAAUCAGGAGGAGGGCGUUGGGGACACGCCAGAUUCGUAUGCCUAUGAUGGGAACAGGGUGCGCAAGUGGAACGUGACUACUACAAACUAUGGCAAAUCCUGGGCAGCAGGAGACAUCGUCAGCUGCCUGAUAGACCUUGAUGAGGGCACCAUUGCUUUCUGCUUGAAUGGCAUAUCUCUGGGAACUGCCUUUGACAACAUCACCAGGGGGGCUGGAAUGGCUUAUUUCCCUGCCAUCAGCCUCUCCUUCAAAGAGUCUGUUGCUUUUAACUUCGGAAGCCGCCCACUCCGUUAUCCAGUGGAAGGUUACCGGCCCUUGCAAGAUCCUCCUGUGGCAGACCUGCUGAAGGCUCGGAAGCUGUUGGGCUACUUGAAGAAUGUGAUCCAUAUUGGAAUAGAUGUGACGGAGGGGAAGCUGGUGGAGAAAGACACAUCCAUGUGGCAGCUGCAGGGAGAACCCACAGUGCUGAUUACAUUAGCUCACAUCUUCAAUUAUUUCUCCCCUCUUAUGUGCAAGGUGUACCUGGUGGAAGAUGUGCUCAUGACCUUCCUGCUGAGCAUCCUUGAGCGAGGAGGGGCAGUGGAGGCCCACCCCCUUAUUCAGCAGCUGCUGGAUCUCAUGUGGCUUCUUAUGGAGGAGUAUGAAGUGCAUGAGUGCCUCAAGCAGCUACUGAUGUCCCUGCUGCGGGCUUACAGGUUCUCCCCCAUCAUCCCAGACCUGGGAUUACAAAUCCACUACCUCCGGCUCACCAUUGCAGUCUUGAAGCAUGAGAAAUCUAGGAAAUACCUACUCAGCAAUGUUCUCUUUGACGUGCUCCGUUCUGUUGUGUUCUUCUACAUCAAGAGCCCGCUGCGUGUGGAGGAGGCGGGCUUGCAGGAGCUCAUCCCCACCACGUGGUGGCCAAACCGCUUCACCAAGGAGGGCAAGGAGAGUAAGGAGGUGAAAGAGGAGAGUGCUGAGGAGAGAUUGAGGCGUCGGGGAUAUGAAAGAGGCUGCCAGCGGCUCAAGAAACGCAUUGAAGUGGUGGAAGGUCUCCAGGUUCAGAUUCUGAAGUUGCUGCUGAACAACAAGGACAGAGGAGGGGGGGAAGCUUCCAGAUACAUCUUCCUAAACAAAUUCCGCAAAUUUCUUCAGGAAAACGCUAGCAACAGAGGGAACUUGACUGUGUUGUGCCCGCCAGAGUACAUGGUGUGCUUCCUGCACCGCCUCAUCGCUGCCCUGCGCUACUUCUGGGAUGGUCACAAAGCAAAGAGCCCAGCUGCCCUCAGCAGUGAAGAGGCCUAUGUCCCUCCUCAACUCUUCUAUAACGGGAAAGUGGAUUAUUUUGACCUUCAGCGGCUUGGAGGUCUUUUGUCUCAUCUUAAGAAGACUCUGAAAGAUGACCUGGCUGCAAAAGCCAACAUCCUGAUUGACCCUGCGGAGCUGCAGGCAGUGACUAUGGAUGAUCUCGAUGAAGAUGAGGAAUCAGCAACAUCAGCAGCACAGUCCCAGCGCCCCUCUGCCGCCCUGGCCAUCGGGGGAGCCCUGGCCAGGCCUGCCUGGCUCAGCUCGCCCACCCUGGGCCGGGCCAACCGGUUCCUGAGCACGGCGGCCGUCAGCCUGAUGAACCCGCGGCGGCCCCUGGGCGCCCUGGAGAAGAUCAAGGUGCUGACGCUGCGCGUGGAGCAGCGCACGAGGGAGGACAUUGAAGGCACCCAUGGAAACGAGGGUCUCUUACUGGGCAGACCCCCAGAAGAGCCAGACCAGCCCAUCACUGAGAACUCCCUCCUGGAAAUCCUGGAUGGGAUAGUGAUGAUGUACAACCUCAGUGUGCACCAGCAGCUUGGGAAGAUGGUUGGCGUGUCAGAUGAUGUGAAUGAAUACGCCAUGGCACUGAAAGACACGGAGGAAAAAAUCAGCCGCUGCCCAAAGAGGAGGAGAGACAUCCAUGAGGAGCUUCUGAAGAGCCAAAAGGUCUUCUCCGAGAAGCUCAACCACCUGAGCCGGCGCCUCGCUUGGAUAAAUGUCACCAUUUAUUCAAAGGAGAAGAUGCAGGAUAUCUACUGGCUGCUGCGAGUGUGCAUCCGCACCAUUGAGCACGGCGACAGGACGGGCUCACUUUUCGCUUUCAUGCCAGAAUUCUACCUCAGCGUGGCUAUGAACAGCUACAGUGCACUCAAGAACUACUUCAGCCCUGUCAACAGCAUGGAGGAGCUUCCAGGCUAUGAGGAGACCCUUAUGCGCCUCGCUGCCAUCCUGGCCAAGCAUUUUGCUGACUCGAGGAUUGUGGGCACAGACAUCCGGGACUCCCUGAUGCAGGCGCUGGCCAGCUACGUCUGCUACCCGCACUCGCUGCGUGCCGUGGAGAGGAUCCCAGAGGAGCAGCGUAUUUCCAUGAUGAAGAACCUCCUGGCUCCCUAUGAGCAGCGACCCUGGGCACAAACCAACUGGAUCCUUGUCAGGCUGUGGCGGGGCUGUGGCUUUGGGUACAGAUACACACGGCUCCCACACCUGCUGAAAACCAAGCCUGAGGAUGCCAGCCUCCCCAGCCUGCAGAAGCCGUGUCCCUCCACCCUGCUGCAGCAGCACAUGGCAGACCUGCUCCGCGGCGACCGCGAGCUGGCCCCCAGCUUCCUCAACAGCGUCCUCAACCAGCUCAACUGGGCCUUCUCCGAGUUCAUUGGCAUGAUUCAGGAGAUCCAGCAGGCAGCAGAGCGCCUGGAGAGGAACUUUGUGGACAGCCGGCAGCUGAAGGUGUGUGCCACGUGCUUUGACCUGUCGGUGAGCCUGCUCAGGGUGCUGGAGAUGACCGUUACGCUGGCGCCAGAGAUCUUCCUCGACUGGACUCGCCCGUCCUCGGAGCUGCUGCUGCGGAGGCUCGCCCAGCUCUUGAACCAGGUGCUGAACCGUGUGACAGCUGAAAGGAACUUGUUUGACAGAGUGGUCAACCUCCGCCUGCCGGGGCUGGAGAGCGUGGACCAUUACCCAAUCCUUGUGGCCGUGACAGGGAUACUGGUCCGGCUCUUGGUGGACACUGAUGUUCAGGGGACGGAGCGCGCCACCGCGGUGCUGCUGGCGGAUCCCUGCUUCCAGCUGCGCUCCAUCCAGUACCUGCUGGGCCACGCCGAGCCCUCGGCCCUGGCAGCAGCUGCCCCGGCCACGGACAAGCGCCACUUCUCCCUGCACACCUACACAGAGUACAUCAGUACUGAGGAGCUGGCAAAGGUGGAGAAGAUGCUGAACCAUCUGAGUGAGGAGUUCAAGCAGGCAGCUGCUACCACAUUGCCCACCAGCGAGGAAGACCUGUGCCCCAUCUGCUACGCACACCCCAUCUCGGCCAUCUUCAGGCCCUGCUCCCACAAGUCAUGCAAAGCCUGCAUCAACCAGCACCUGAUGAACAACAAGGACUGCUUCUUCUGUAAGGCCACCAUCACAGGGGUGGACGACUUCACCAAGCCAGCCAGCUCGUAAAGCCCAGCCCCACAGCACGGGCUCCCCCAGCUGAGCAGGGCAGCCCCCCCUGCCUCACGCUGGCUGCUCCCCAGACGCCCUGCUCAGGCCCUGGGACCCUCACCCAGAGGGUCAGGACCCAGCAUGGGGCAGCAGCGUGGGGCGGGAGGGCCACAGGGUGGGAGGGGCAGUGCCCAGCAGCCCCGUGGGCCGUUCUCAGGGAGGGGAGCCCAAGGCCUCGGCUGGGAACACAGGGCAGCCCCGGGGCCAGGGCAGGGGGGCCGAGCUGGGCGUGUGGGCUGUCAACUUGCCCCUGGCUGAGGGCUGACUUCAUGAAAAGCAGCAUUAAAUUAUUCUUCCUUA